UCCAGUCGCUGGGCCAGGCCCGCUGGGCUGCCCUAUGUAAUAAACACAACACAUGAGAUUUUUUGUUCUCGGCGCCUUCUAGAAACGUGGGGCCUGCGCUGCCCUUCGCAGCCUGCCCCCCCGGGCCAUGGCCCCCUUGGCCCUAGGAUAAAUACGUCCCUAUUUGUAUCCAAUAGGAACCUACCUACUCAUUGUUUACUUAUAAAGAAAUUAAUUAUGCUCUAAACCUUAAUUACAAAAUUAGUCUUUACAAAAGCAUUCGGACCGUUCAGCCUUAAGAGGAAACUAUUAGGCUUAGAGAUGAGAUCGGCUCUUCACGAUGUUUUUAUUCUUAACAGAGCUGCUUACUGUUAGGUAGGUCAGGACCUACUCAAUUAGAUAGCCUACCUUACCUACCUAAAAACCUCUAAGAAGCAUGACAAACUAACUAGUCUCUUUUUAACUAGCAUUCUAAUUAAUAAAUAUGAAACCAGGGAUGCUAAGCGGCGGACGGGCGAGGGUGCCAAAAUGUGCCCGGUGCCGCAACCACGGGCUCAUAUCCAGCCUUCGAGGACACAAGAAGGCUUGCCGCUACCGCACCUGCCAGUGCCCGAAGUGCGGACUCAUCAAGGAGCGGCAGCGUAUCAUGGCGGCUCAGGUAGCCUUAAAGAGGCAGCAGGCAGCGGAAGACAAAAUAGCCCUGCAUCUGGCCUCCGUUGAAAGCGGGACUGCGCUGGAGGCUCUGCCCCCUGGCCGCAUAUACGGCAUGAGGGUCACCGGGCCAUGUCCAAGCCCUGACCAGCCCGACUCAGCGGCCGAUGACCACACGCCUAUACACAUCGACAGCGAGACGAGCGAUUCUCUGCCCGACUGCUGCGCGGCUUCUCCGGAUUCCUGCGGCAACACCUCAACCUCUCCGAGGCCACGUGUUAGUGGCAGCGAAGAAGCCGAGGCAGAAGCUUCCGUGAGCACAGCAGGUCUCGAGAUGCUGAGCAAGUUGUUCCCGGGCAAGAAGCGCUCAGUGCUGGAGCUAGUUCUACGUCGGUGCAAUCACGAUCUGCUGCGUGCUGUUGAGCAUUGCAAUGUGCAACAUGCCCAAACCGACAAAACAUUACUGGCCAGCGCCGGUGCAAGCACCAGCUACGAUUCCGUAUCGAGCUCCGAAGAGCGCUGGUCAGCUUUUAGACCAGUCGGGCCGCGGCCAUUGCUACAGCAACUACCUGCGUUAGUCAUGGGCCGGGUCUGUGGUUCAGAGUGGUUGGUGCCCCUGCCUGCGCUGCCGGCGCUGUCUGGACCUCUGCUACUGCCAUUGCAGCAUCAACCUCCGGUUUGCAACCCCUGCACGCCUGACUGUAGGCAAUGUAAUCGACACUAAAUUGGAUAAGUUGUAAAGAGGAAGCUAAUUGUCUGUAUUUAUCGGGAACCGACUGUUUUCCGGCCUGUCGGACCACGGCCAUUGCUGCAACCACUAGUACCUGCGCUAGUCAUGGGUUGAGUGACUCGAGUGUGCUGCUAUGAGGUAGUGUUACCUACCUCUGCC